UCUUUUUGAUGACGUAACGCAGCGCGCCCCAUGCAUUCCCGUCUCACACAAGACGCACGUUGUUCGUUGAGCGUACGAAAGUGUUUACGACAUUUUCUUAUAUCUCUUUGUUUGUCACUAUUUAAACAAAGGAGUUUUUUUUGUCCUCCGUGAAGCACACGCCGAGAGGACGGUUCACAUUUCUACAGAGAUCGGAAGCACCACUUGCAGUAAUGGCUGAAUCAGACGUGAAUCCUAAAGCUUAUCCUCUGGCUGAUGCCACACUUUCCAAAACAAUAUUGGACCUUGUGCAACAGGCAUCCAAUUACAAACAAUUGAGAAAAGGGGCCAAUGAAGCCACCAAAACUCUGAACCGUGGAAUCUCCGAGUUUAUUGUGAUGGCUGCAGAUGCUGAACCUCUGGAGAUCAUCCUUCAUCUGCCUCUGCUAUGCGAGGACAAGAAUGUCCCGUACGUGUUUGUGCGCUCCAAGCAGGCCUUGGGUCGAGCGUGCGGGGUCUCCAGGCCCGUCAUUGCCACAUCUGUCACUAUUAAGGAAGGUUCUCAGCUCAAGCCCCAGAUUCAGUCUGUGCAGAUGGCCAUUGAGAGACUUCUCGUCUGAGAUCAUUGACACAUGCUUGUUUUUAAGUUGUAAAGUACAACUUUACAUUUUGAACUAUGAAUAUAUUUCUCUAUAUGCUGAACUUAAGGGUUCUGAAGAUUUAAAGUGUUUCGUUCUUACUCAUUCUGCUGUUGUUGUUGAGCAUGUGUGUAUUUAACAAACAGCAAGACGAUUCUUUGUUUUGUAAUUUCUUUUUUUUUGUGCAGCAUUUAAAACAAUAGUUUAUAUCAUUUAUUCUGUAUCAUUUACACACUUGCAAUUAAAGAGAUACUCCAUA